ACCACCGUUAAACCAGCAUAGCGCCCUCAUUUUUGUGUUGGUGCAAUAUUAAUUAAAAACACAGUCCACAUGUUAAAGACCACCCCCCCACACUCAGCUCAACUUCAGCUCUGGAACUUUGAAUUUGUUCAUAUUAUAAUUUGCUUCACUGUUUGGCAGAACUGGUGCCAUUUCUGCGGGUACAAACUACCUACCAACUCUACACGAGGGAAUCCCAAACUAUUGUUGAUCGCAAGGAAGUGUGUGUGAUUGAAGCCAAGUUUUUUGUGAUUGACUAUGAGGUGGGAACUCAUCAGUUGAGAUGGCUUAUCUUCAUGAUAUUUGUGUGGAGGAAAUAGCACUGGAAGGACUAGAAGGGAUCACUCCAGCUUGUUUAUGGUGUCGGCUUCAGCAACGGAUCCCAAAGUUCUCCUUGGCACUGGACCCCAAAUCCAAGCAGUUUCUAUGGAGUGGGAUCUUUCCAAACAGCGAUGUGGAGUUCUUUCGUCUACCAGAGCCGAGAGAGUUGCCCACAUUCCACCACCAGUAUGUUAACGUCGAUGAAGGAUCUGGGAUUGUUAUGAUUAAUCAGGAGAUUAUACGGAAGGACUACACUGUCUGUAUUGUCAAUAGUGCAGAGAAUGAUGGGGUACAGGGAUCGUGCCCUACCUUCAAAGAGAGGGUCAAUGUCAGUCAAGAGGUCAGAGGUCACGAUGGAAGCAAGGUCAUGACCUUAGAAGAAAUUCAAGAAAAAUGGGGUGAUUCUCUUGUCAUAGUAGCCAGUCCUGAGCUCCGCCACUCCACGUUAAUGGGAUCAACUGGGGAUCCGUCUGUGGAGCUACCUGACCUGAACUACUGCCUCCUGGAGUUUAUCGGACGCCAGCGACAUCAUGGCAUUAGUCAGGUGGAGCUUGGCAAAGCCUUUAACAUCAGUGCAGUCACCAUUUUUCACUACGGCAAGGAUCUUAAAUACAACAACUUCAUUGAUAAACAGAGUUGUUGGUGUGAGACCAGUAAACGGACACUGAAUUUCACCAUGCUUAUGCUUCAUCGCUUCUCAUCCUUGGCCAAGUACAUCACCAAGGGCCGUUACCCGAUGUUAGCGAGCCACAUCACUGACUUCCUGGAAACCAGGCCCAAGAAGACAGCCAAAGUUCAGGUUAUUAAGGAUUUGGUGAAGAAGAAGUUCUCAUCUUGGGCCUCCAAGAAGGACAUCUCUCCAACCUUUAAGAAGGUGUACCUUAUGUUACAGAAGAUGAAGGUGAUCCAGAUUGUGUACGCUCAAGGCAAAUGUGACCUCUUCAACAAGGUCGACUCAUUAAAACUGCUAAAGAAGAUCCCCUUUGAGAAAGAGGAACCAGUAGAAGAUGAACUAAACGACACAUACGAUCCAGGGGUAACAUCUGUCCGUGUAGCUGAACUCCCAAUGCAGUUUCAAGUCUACAACCUGAUUGAUAAUCUACAGCAUCGUCCACAAGGAAUUCAUACACAAGACAUUAAAAGAAUGUUAAAUUUGGAUAAGACGAGCCUGAGGACCCUCACAGACAAAGCCUUGAGAGGUAACAACUUAAUCACGUCUUUCCUUACUGAUGAAGGCAGGCAGAGGGUCAAUAAGUUUCAGACUACAGAGAUUGAUGAGAAGGUGUCAGAGAGUAAAGUUCUGGAUACGACGCCAUCUUCUUCAAAACAAAACCCUACAGACCCAACGCCUACUAAGACAUUGCAGACUGAGAGGUACACAAUGCGUAGAGAGAAGAUUCUUGACAUGAUAAAGAAGCAAAAAGUACAAGAAGGACCAUUCGCCAUGUUGAGGACAAUUCGAUUAGAUGAGGCAGAUGAGGGGAGAACUGAGAAAUGUGACAGAAAAUCUGUUCUAAGAAUAAUUGAUCGUCUGGUGAAGGAAGGACUUUGUAAAUCUUUCUCGACAGUGGUCAUGUCGGAUGACGGAAAAAACUCUAGAACGGUGAGCUUUAUAACAGACACUGACGUGAAACAGGACGACCCCAGAGUUUUGCAUAUUGUACAACAAGUCAAGUUCCGGAUAAUCAACUAUGUCAAUCACUUUCCCGUGACAAACCAUAUCGGGAGCAAACAAGUCAAGUUGCAAGCGAAACUGCCGGCAGUAAGAAAGAAAUGCAAGAAGAAGACGAAGCCGUGGAAGAGGAUUAGUCAGUUUGAGACUCUUACACAGCCUAGCGAUGAUGAAACAGAACCCUCUAGCCACAAUGCUUUACUGGAGGGUGAAGAAAAGGAAGACUUGGAAGGAAUGGAUAAAGAGAGACGCUUAGUUCUGAAAAAGAGCUUCUAUGGCCACUUGCAAAAGAUGGAGAAGCUGAAGGUGUUUCAUACAUUCAUGUGGUACAUUGUCUAUGGCAUGGCGAAUCAAGAGCCUGCUGUUGAGACUCCUCAGCCAGAAACCCCAUUCAAACAAAGUGAAGUCAUGACGAUCAAACAGGAAUUUGAUGAAGACCAACUAACACCAGUAAAAACGGAGCUUGAUGAAGUGUAUCUGGAGAGUAGCAGUCGACAAGGUACAGACAACCUGACUGGUCAGCCUACAAACCAACCAGUAGAGCCAGUACAAAUCACUAACCAAUCAGAGAGAGGCUCUGAUGGUGUGGUUGAUGGAAUGAUAACGAAGACGGUAAAGCUGGAAGAUAGAGGUUCUGGAUCACCUGCAAGUCAGUCUCAAGGAUGCCCUGAGGAUGGUUCUACUCCCAGGGACAAACACCAGGGAAAGAUCACGUCAUCUUCACAACGGGAAUCACAAACAGCGCUCAGUCUCUUUGAGUUAAUCCAACAGGGGAAUGUACCAACGGAGACGGAAUCCGAUCAAUCAACAAGCACUGAUGCCCCCUUGAACACGACUCACAAACACCACCUCAUUUCUGUGGAGCUCUCAGAUCGCAUCGAAACAGCAAACGUAGAUGCCACCACAAACCCUAAGCCCAGCCAUGUUCCCUCAGUCACCCCAGUUCCGAGCCUCGACCACUCUGCGCGCACCGAAAAGCACCAUGUGUUUCUCGAUGUCAUGGACUGGCGACGAUUCGUGAAGCCAUUACCUCGAUACCAGGACAUCAAAUAUGGCUGGUGCAUUCUUGGGGAUGUGGUUCUGUCGAUGCCUGUGGGCAUAUUCUGCAAGUGUGUUCCAUUGAGAUAUAUGAUUGACAAACUCUCGGAUUACCUCAACGACCCUGUAAAAUCCCUGUGGUUGGUCAAAGAUUUACCCCUCAAGAUACGCAGUCGCCUCCUUGAGGGCCGGAGGUACCUCGCCUUCCUGGCGAGGGAGGUUGAUCGUCUAGCAUCGAUGGGACUGGCCAUUUAUACACCACAUCCAAACGAGGGCAAAGAAAUGUUGUUUUCCUACAUCUGUCGCAAUGCCACCAUCGUGGACACCUCAUCCAGUGAACCAGGUGGAAACGCUGUUUCUGACAAACCCUAUCCCGUCCACAAACAUCACUUCAGAACACUCCAUGAUGUGGAGAAGUUUUGGUUUGAACUGAAGGUGAUUUGUUCAGACACGCCGCUCGGAACAGCACGACUGAAUUUACCACUUAGUGAGUUGAGCCUUAAAGUGCGGCUGUUAGCGUUGCCAAGGAAACUGGACAGUCACAAAGAUAAGGUCAUUGACGACGGUCGGAUACCUGGGGAUGGCCGGGGAGCUGCUGGAUUGGAUUCAAGUUUCUAUAGUCACCUUAAGAGGAACUGGACGCAUUCCACAUUAGAUCUAAACCGUAUGGUCAAGGGGGGCUUAGUGAAUCGCUUUGAGGAACCACAGAACAAACGGCUCCAGAGACUCCAGAGGCUUCAUCCACUGCAAAGCAAAACAGUUCUGCUCAGUGUCAAGCCAGGGGCUAAAGAAAAUGUUGUUGUGAACACCAAACUAGUUGAUGUAAAUGAGCACAAGGCAGAAACAGCCGGUGGAAAAGGUCGCAAGCGCAAGAGGGUCCCCGUGGAAGAGUCAGAGGAGAAAAAAGCAAAACGGAAGCGGCAGGAGGAACGCGUGAAGGCCAGAGAAGAAAAGCAACAGAAGAAGAAAGAGAGGAGACUGCAGACUGAGCAUAAGAAAGCGGUGGGCUUGACAACGAGGGCGACAUUCAACUGGGCUCCAGAAGAGGAUAGUUUGCUUCUGCUCUGCAGAGUUGCUUCAACCAUCCUGAUGAAGAAGUUAGAUUACCUGACGGUCAUCACCUGGGAAACCGUGCAUCACGUCUUCUCUAAGAAAGUGCCUAGCUCUGUUGAUUUGAGGAACAAGGAUGCGAAGGCUAUCGCUAAACGCUCCAUCAGACUCCUCAAGGGCGGCAAGUUCAAAACCAAUUUCGCUGUUUGUCUCGGUGAAUGUGCAGAAGACACGGAUCUAAUGAGCAGUAUUCCAUCCAUGACCGGCACCCACCCUCCAGAAUUCUACACCAAAAUCUACGAAGACCUUAUCGAUAAACUUCAAGAAAAAUUUAGACAUCGAGAUGGUCAGGUGGGCACCCUACCUGAUGACAUCACCAGUCUCCAUAGAAACUACAAUGUGGAACCGAUCGCAAGGACUGAAAAGGCGUAUAAGAUUUUCUUCAAUGUUGAGAAUGAAGCAGACCUAAAGAGACUUGCUUUACACACCAUUGUUCUGAGUUCCUUGAUGUCCCAGAGUGCCAGUGACUAUGAUGCCAAGCUUUCAUACAAGUUGUAUGAGCAAUAUGAUGCCAGUAUUCUUCAUGAUGUUUUUCUGUUCUGUCGCUUAAAGGGUGUUAUCUCUCGAUCUCGAGAAGGUGCCGUUAAACAAAAGAGGAUUGCACCCAGUGUUCCAAUGUCCUACCAGCUUUCUAACACCUACAUCAAACACUUCCGAUCAGAAAUCUCUCUGGAGGUACCCGAUGAAGCUCUCACUUGCCUGAAGGCGAUCAAACAAGCCGAGGAGGCUGAAGGUGUUCAAUUUCCUGUUGUUAGUCCUGGAGCAUGCGCAUGUCAACUUAUUCUUCUUGCUGAGGAUAAGAUCAAAUGUACGAUUGUUGUCCCAAAGCGGCUGGCUGUAGUGGACAGCAACUUGUUGGACCCAGAAACUCUGAAGCAGAUGGGACUUCUUAAGAAGGGUGUGGAUUCAGACUCGGAGAGUGACACAGAUGAGGAAUCAGAAGAUGAAGAAGAUGAGGAUGAUGUUGGGAAUGAGGUUGGCACUAUAGAGGGCGCUGUACAGGGUGGAGAGACGACAACAACAUACACAGACUUGGGGGUUGUAUUCGAGGACGCUGACGGGAAAGUUAAUAAUGCGGAUUCUGUUGAAAGCCUCUCAAACCUGGAGGAAGCUAAACCUCUGAGUCUAAGCAUAGAAGGCAAUGUUAUGGGUAUGCUUGAAGAACUCGCUAGCGGUGCACAGAAUGAGAUUGCACAAACGGGAAUAGACGAUAAAUUUACGAUUUGCAGUGAUCAUAACUACUUCGUUAGCAAAGAAAUAUCAACCGACAGUGCAGGGUUUAGUGAUGGGGUAGGGAAGAGUACUACUCAAUCAAGACCUGGUGAUAUUACUGAAGCUGUAGAAUCCAAGCAGACUCCAAAAGACUCUACCGAUGUCGCACAAGACGGCGGUGAGUUCAAGAUCCCCUCAGUCUCUCAGCAGAAACCAGCCACCAGGAACCCUACCGCCAAAUGCCUAGCUGCCUCCCAGAGUUCCUUUACCAAGUGGCUCAUAGCCCAAGGUCACUACGCUCCGGGAAUCUGCGGCAAAGGAAGAAUCCACAACCUGCAGGAUAAUAUCGUCCUCAGCACUUUUACCUUGAAACUCAGACCCAGUUUCCCGAACUCCACAGCCAGCCUCGAUCAUUCCUCUCAACCCAACCUCUUUUCUAGCCUGUUGGAUUAUCUUAUUAGACCCUGUAAGAAAUAUAUAGGGAUGGAGACUUCUUGUAGAUCUCAAGAGAGUUCACAAGCCUUGUAUCUCCAGGAUCUUCUAAAAGCCAAGUACUUGGAUCAACAAGAAGGCAGCUUGGAGAAACUGACAGAGAGGUGUUCAGAGUUGGGCCUCAGUUCUCCAGCCGUUUCGACAAUCAUCAAGGUGUACAACAAGAUCAAUGAGGCUGGAUUUCUGGGGCUAACCAUUCCCAAGCUGAAAAGGAUGGUAGCCCAAGUAAAUGCAGGCGCUACCACAGAGGUUCCGCUGUUGAGGUGCAUGGACUUGCUACUGAAGCAGCAAAUGGUAUUUGAAGUCGGUGCUAAUGAGCUUUGCCUGGUGACGAUGGAGCAUGUCUCUCUAUGGUGCAUCAGAUCACAAAGAUUAAUCUCUUGUGCUGAACAGACUGAUUCAGAACCAAGUAAGAAGAGGCUGUGCCCUGACAUCGAUCAAGAGACGGUAGAUUUGACCCAAGAAUCAAACGUGCCUCAAAGAUCAGUUUCCUCUGAGGAGCCAGUGCCAGAGUCUUGCUCCGACACUCAAUUGUUUCAAUGUGUUGACUUGACUAAGGAACCGAGCGCUUCAGGUAUCCCCGAAAUCAGCACUGGGGGAGAGGGUUUAGAAGCUGACAAAAACAAGAAACUCAUGUUAGAGGUCUCUCCCAAACAGGGUGACCUCCUUCAAAGGUCAGAGGGCAAAGUUAACCCAGACAUUAUUGACAUGGCUGCAGAUGAGCAGUCGACAAGAGAUGUUGAGAGCUCUGAAGUUUCAUUGAGAGAACGAGGUGAUGCUGUUGAGGGCAUCCUAGAGCAGAAGACUAGCGAGAGUGGGCGUGGUGCUGCAUUUAAGAGGAAACAAUUUGAGGCUCAGAGCCGAGUCUACGAGCCAGUGGUAUUCCAGCCGUAUCCAUGGCGGAAGGAAGACGGCACGAUCAACCAAAAGGAGCUCAACAGAAUGAUGAAAGGAAUCUGUCUUCUCGUCACGGAAAAACCUGGCAUCAAAGAAUCCGCCAUCUUGGACAAUUUCAAGGAUAUCUUGAGACGAGUAGACUGCCAGAGAAUUCUUAAGAUGAUGUCAGAACUUCAACUCAUCACCAGACACUGUGUCCACCUGCCUCAGCCUGGCAUAUUCAACAAUAAGUCAAGGCGCCAGACUUCCUUCUUCCACUACCACACCAGCCUAGACUGUUUGAUCAAUAUUGGAACACUGCUUAAUGAUCAGGAUUGAAGUUGGACGGUUUUCAGGAGUAACAUUCUUCUACUUGAGCUAUCAAUCUCUAACAUGUCGUGGCCAAGUGGUCAAGUGCAUCACACCGAGUCAUCUGAGUGAAGGUACCAGUACCGGUCGUGAAACAUGUCUUUUUGUGUGAGACACAUUAAUUGCUUCUCACCACUCAGGAGUAAAUGGGACCCAGCGAGGAUAGAGAUUGCUGUUGUGAACGAUAAGUGAAAUGUAUGUUGAUAUGGCUGCCGGUGCUGCAUACUCCUAAGGAGUUGAGAUGGUUUCAGGCCUGGAUAAAAGAUGGAUAAUUGGCUUCAGGUCGGAAGUCUUAAGAAAUUACUUCUUUCUCAAAAACAACAUUACUUUAUAGGGAGCCGUUUCUCACAAUGUUUUAUGCUAUCAACA